AUUUUUAGAUGACGUCACAAACCGUGGAGAUCAACUCUGGAAACCCCAGCAGUCACAGGCCGGUCUGCGAAAGACGGAAGAUAGUUUCACUGCGUACGGAGCACUUUGGUAGUCGCAGUCAGUCACAAUGUCCGCCACACCGCCAUCCUAUGGAGACCUGGGCAAGUCUGCCAGGGACACGUUUGGCAAGGGAUAUGGAUUUGGCUUUGUGAAGCUUGACUGCAAGACCACGACAAGUAGUGGGGUGGAAUUUAGCACAUCCGGCACUUCAAACAAUGAGACGGGGAAGGUUGGAGGAGAGUUGGAAACAAAAUACAAAUGGAAGGACUACGGCCUCACCUUCACGGAGAAGUGGAACACUGACAACACUCUCGCCUCCGAGAUCAAGAUUGAAGACCAGAUUGCCAAGGGGCUUAGCUUGACCUUUGACACUAAGUUUUCACCAAGCACAGGGAAGAAGAGUGGUCAGAUCAAGACUGCGUACAAGAUGGACUACCUAAAUGUUGGUGCUGAUGUUGAUCUGGACUUUGCUGGGCCCACCAUCCACGGAGCUGCUGUCCUGGGAUAUGAAGGGUGGUUGGCUGGCUACCAGAUGUCGUUCGACACAGCCAAGUCCAAGCUGACGAGGAGCAACUUUGCUCUAGGCUACAAGACUGGUGACUUCCAGCUUCACACCAACGUUAAUGAUGGCACUGAGUUUGGUGGCUCCAUCUACCAGAAGGUGAACAACAACCUGGAGACUGGUGUCAACCUGGCUUGGACGGCCGGCAGCAACAACACACGCUUCGGCCUGGCUGCCAAGUACACCAUUGAUAGCAAGUCUUCAUUCCGGGCAAAGGUGAACAACUCCAGCCAAAUUGGUCUUGGGUACACGCAAGAAGUCAGGCCAGGUGUGAAGGUGACCCUGUCCACACUGUUAGAUGGCAAGAACUUCAACCAAGGAGGCCACAAGCUGGGUCUCGGCUUGGAUCUGGAGGCUUGAGGCCCCGCAUCCUUGCACCUGCCUGCUGCACACUCAGCACCACCUCAAACCUCUCCUCUUGUCUCUUCAGCGUUUCCUCCUCACGGGAGCUACCCUGGGAUCUGAACCAGUAUCAUCUGACAAUGUAGUGUAGGCAGAAAAGGCGUGGAUAUCGUGGCAGGAUAGAGAAAAGAAUUAGCAGAAUGGGGAUAUACCCCUCCCUGUACCCUCUCUAUGUACAAUUGUGUUCCUUUGAAAUGAAACAAUUAAAGAGAUAGUAUUCAAUAAUAUGAAAACUUUGGACUUGUUUUAUGGUGUGACGGAAAUAUACACAUAAUGCUGUUUUACCAAAAGGAAACUGUUGUGGAUAAAGAAUCCUAUUUCUAUUUAAGUUGUUUGCAGUAUUUAAGACUUCACAACAAAAACUGCUUCUUGUGACCGACUUGUUGUACUGUACUGCCCAAGGGUAAAACGUAGACGGUAGCCUCCUCUCCAAAAUGUUGUAGACUAAUUUGGAAAUUUGUGGAUGAAUAAAUUGUAGCAUCAUCUGUGUAGCUAUAA